UGUUUCAUCUCUUCUUUGGCAAUUGGAUUGGCGUCUUCAAACGUUUGAUAUGUUGUUUUAAAUUUGUUUCUACAUUAUACAUUUAAUUUGAUAUUAGUAAAAUUAAAAUCAUUUAUCAACAUUGAAGAGAUAAAAAUGGAGGAUAUAGCAAUUCAACUACGUAAAUUACAAUGCCCUUUCACUUGGGACUUGUCUCUAUUUAAUUACGAAAAAUUAUAUAAAGAUACAGAUUUAUCGAUAGAUUACUAUUUGAAAGAAUUAAAAUUUGCUGGUCUAUUAAUGCAAUUAUAUAAAAGUAUCGUGAAAGAAGAUGUUGAUGAUGAUAAAAUCGAUGAAAAAUUUAAAAAAUGUGAAAAUUUAGUUCUACAAUUUAAAAACUUAAAAAAAGAAGUCGCAAAGAAUAUUUUAAAUGGAACAAAAGCUCAUUAUUUAAUGAUAAAAGGAAGAAUCUCUGAAGUUAAUGAAAUAUUAAUAAAUAUCAACAGUGUUGAUGAUGAAAAAUAUUUGAGUAUAUUAAAUGAAUUAAAAGCUGCAAUUUGGACUACUUCAAAUGAUUAUACUUAUACAGCAAAUAUCGCAAUAGAAUUUGCAAAAAAUUCAUUACAAUACGAUUCCAAUAAUGCUAAAUCGCAUUACUUCCUUGGAAAAAAUUUAAGAAAACUAAGGAGAUUAGUGUCAAUUUUUGACGUGCCUUCAGAAGAAGAAGUUGAACAUUUUUUAAAAGCAUACGAUUUAGAAAAAAAUUUUGAAUUUGGCAUUUUUUUAGGCCAAUGCUAUAAAGAAAAUAGAAAUAAAGAAAAAGCAUUGGAAAUAUUAAUUGAAUUAAAUGAUAAUAAUAUUCAAGAACCAUUUUUAAGAUUACGAUUAGCAUUAUACUUUAUGCAACAUAAAGAUUUAAAGCGAUGUAAAAGUUGCUUAGAUUAUGCGGAGACUAUUAUUAAGGACGAUAGUAUGUAUUUGCAUUACAGAGGAUUAUAUUUCAUGAGAAAAGAAAAUUACAAGAAAGCAGAGGAAUGCUUAAAAAAAUCCGGUGAACAAUAUAAUUAUGCAGCUGAUUUAGGCUAUGCCAAAUGUGUUCGCAAAAUGGGCAAAAGAUUUGAUUUUCCUGCGUAUUUUUUAAAUUUAAUUAAUAAAUAUGAAGAUAUGGAAAUUCACAGACAAAAGGAAGUACUGUUGCACGUUGCUUUUUCGCAUUUUAAAAUUAGACGAGAUAUAAGAGAAUCGAUAAAAUAUUUUCUUCAAUCUUUUCAAAUUGAAAGUAAAAUAUAUGAUCUUGAGAAAUAUCAUGAUCCAAUAACAGAAGAAACUAUAAAUGUAUAUCGUUUUUUAAACGAUAAUUUAUUUCCAAAAGUAAAAGAGUAUAAAGAAAAUAAAACAAUUAUUCUGCCAGAGGAAAUAAUUUUAGCAAAUGAAAAGUUACAAAAAUUUUGUGAAGACUAUUCAAAAAUAUGUAAUGAAAGAAGAAAGAAAAUUUUAAAUCAAUAUCAUGAUAAAAAUGUAACUAUCGAUAGUUCUUAA